GCCUAGAGCUUCUUCACAAGGCCUUCAGAUAGUCUGUUUCCCCUGCUUUUCUCUCACUCACAGGAACAGAAGGGCAUCGAUGGAAAUCCCUGAAACGCCUGGUCUUUGGGAUGGAGCAGAAACGGCAGCUGGGCCUCCAGUUCAGGUCUCCGUGUCCUUUGAGGAGGUGGCCGUGUAUUUCACAGAGGAGGAGUGGGCACUGCUGGAUUCUAGCCAAAAAUCUUUGUACAGGGAGGUCAUGCUGGAGAUUUCUAGGAAUGUGGCUAUUCUCGCAGGUGAUGGUCAGGAGAAUGAGCAUGACAAGGAGGCAAGGGUAGUGCCCUUGCAAACAACCAAGCGUGAGCUGGAAGAAGUGAUGGUUGAAAAUCAAGGGGAUCAAAGAAAGCAAGACAGAAUCUACUCAAAGAGUGGAGGGGAGAAAUCUCCUCUUCCUCUGCGUGCUGAAUUCCAUAACUUCCCAAUCCAGGCAGAUCCAGAAAGAAACAGAAAGGGGAAAUAUCCAGGAUAUGGCAAAAGAGAUGAAAAUGAAUUUGAUUUAAAUGAGUAUUGCAAAACCCAGACUAAAUGGAAACAAUAUAAAUACAGACAGCAUGAGGAAAGUAUCACUCUUUCCUUCCCUCUUAAUUUACCUGAAAAACUCUAUAGGAAAAAUAAUUCACAUACUUUUCUAAAGACUGGGAAGAAUUUCAGUCUGAGCAGUCCUCCUCCUCCCACUGAAGGAUUUCACACCGAAAAGAAAUCAUAUAAAUGCUCUGAGUGUGGGAAGAGCUUUAGUAGCAGCAAUGCCCUUACUUUCCAUCAAAGGACCCACAUGGGUGAAAAACUGUACAAGUGUGUGGAGUGUGGAAAGACUUUCCGUAGGAACAGUACUCUUACUCGUCAUAAAAGGAUCCAUACAGGUGAGAAACCAUAUAAAUGCACGGAGUGUGGAAAGAGCUUCAGAUUUAACAGUGAUCUUACAGUACAUAAAAGAGUCCACACAGGUGAGAAGCCAUAUAAAUGCUCUGAGUGUGGAAAAAACUUCAGUAUUAGCAGUGCCCUCAUGUUUCAUCAAAGGACCCACACAGGUGAGAAAUCCUAUGAAUGCAUAGAGUGUGGAAAGAGCUUUCACAGAAACAGUAUUCUUACUCGCCAUCAAAGGACCCAUACAGGUGAGAAACUACAUAAAUGUGUGGAGUGUGGAAAGAGCUUCAGAUUGAACAGUGAUCUUACAGUACAUAAAAGAGUCCACACAGGUGAGAAGCCAUAUAAAUGCAUGGAGUGUGGAAAGGGUUUUAGUAAAAGUGCUCACCUUACUUGCCAUCAAAGGAUCCACACAGGGGAGAAACCAUAUAAGUGUACAGAGUGUGGAAAGAGCUUUAGUCAGAAUGGUGCCCUUAUCUCCCACCAGAGGAUUCAUACAGGAGAGAAACCAUAUAAAUGCCUGGAGUGCGGAAAGAGCUUUUGUCAGAGUGGUGCCCUAACUUCCCACCAAAAGAUCCACACCAGAGGGAAAUCAUUUGAGUAUAUAGAUGCUGGAAAGAGCUUCAGUACAAACCUUCAGCUUACUUGCCAUCAAAGGAUUCACACAGCAGAGAAACCAUGUAAUCGUUUUGACGGUGGAAGGAGUUUUCAUCAGAACGGUACCCUUACAUCUCAUCAAAUGUUCUGCACUGUAGAGAAACCAUAUAAAUGUAUGGAGUGUGGAAAAAGCUUCAGUCUACACAGUAUUUUUAUGAAACAUAAAAGAAUCCACACAGGAGAGAAACCAUAUAAGUGUGUGGAGUGUGGAAAGAGAUUCCGUGAGAGCAGUAGCCUCAUGACACAUGAAAGAAUUCACACGGGGGAGAAGCCAUAUAAAUGUACAGAGUGUGGAAAGAGCUUCAGUAGAAACACUAUUCUUACUCGACAUCAAAGGAUCCACACAGGACAGAAGCCAUAUAAAUGCAUGAUGUGUGGAAAAAGCUUCAGUUUUAACAGUGAUUUUACAGUACAUAAAAGAAUCCAUACAGGUGAGAAACCAUUUACAUGCACCGAGUGUGGAAAGAGCUUUAAUACAAGCCCUCAGCUUACUUGCCAUCGAAGGAUCCACACAGGAGAGAAACCCUAUAAAUGCUUGGAGUGCGGAAAGAGCUUUCGUCAGAACAGUGCGCUUACUUUCCAUCAAAGGAUCCACACUGGAGAGAAACCAUAUGAAUGUAUUGAGUGUGGAAAGAGCUUUCGUCAGAACAGUGCCCUUACAUCCCAUCAAAGGAUCCACACUGGAGAGAAAAUAUAUGAAUGCAUGGAGUGUGGAAAGAGCUUCAGUCUCAACAAUACUUUUAUAAAACAUAAAAGAAUCCAUACAGGGGAAAAACCAUAUAAAUGUGCGGAGUGUGGAAAGAGGUUCCGUGAGAGCAGUAGCCUCACGACACACAAAAGAACCCAUACUGGAGAGAAACCGUAUCAAUGCACUGAAUGUGGAAAGAGCUUCAGUAGAAACAGUAACCUUACUUGCCAUCAAAAGAUUCAUACAGGGGAGAAACCAUAUAAAUGUAUGGAGUGUGGAAAGAGUUUCAUUUUGAACCAUGAUUUUACCAUUCAUAAAAGAAUCCACACAGGGGAGAAACCAUAUAAAUGUAUGGAAUGUGGAAAGAGCUUCAGUAGCAGCAGUGCUCUUACCUAUCAUCGAAGGAUCCACACAGGGGAGAAACCAUAUGGAUGCACAGAGUGUGGGAAGAGCUUCAGUAGCAGCAGUGCGCUUGCUUACCAUCAAAGAAUCCACACAGGAGAGAAACCAUAUGAAUGUAUCCAGUGUGGAAAGAGCUUCAGUAGUAGCAGUGCCAUUACCUACCAUCGAAGGAUACACACUGGAGAGAAACCAUAUGGAUGCAAGGAGUGUGGAAAGAGUUUCAGUAGCAGCAGUGCCCUUACCAACCAUCGAAGGGUUCACACAGGGGAGAAACCAUAUGAAUGCCUGGAAUGUGGAAAGAGCUUCAGUAGCAACAGUGCCCUUACCAACCAUCUAAGAAUACACACAGGGGAGAAACCAUAUAAAUGCAAGGAGUGCGGAGAAAGCUUUAGAUGGAGCAGUGACCUUACUUCCCAUCACAGGACCCACACUGGGGAGAAGCCCAACCAGUGUUCUAGAGGGGGCAAAAGCUUUAGCAAGGAAGCUACCCUGGUGAAUCACAAGAGGACUCACACUGGGGAGAAGCCAUAUGAGUGUCCAGAUUGUGGGAAAAGUUUCAGUCAGAAUUCCCAGCUUGUGAUACACCAGAGGACUCACACAGGAGUGAAACCGUAUGAGAGUCUGGAUUGUGGGAAAAGUUUUACUUCAAAUUCCCACCUGGUGAGACACCAGAGCACUCACACAGGAGAGAAACCAUAUGAGUGUCCAGAUUGUGGGAAGAGUUUCAGUCAGAAUUCCAACCUUCUGGCACACCGGAGGACUCACACAGGAGAGAAGCUGUAUGAGUGUCCAGAUUGUGGGAAAAGUUUCAUUCAGAAUUCCCAGCUUGUGAUACACCAGAGGACUCACACAGGAGUGAAACCGUAUGAGUGUCUGGAUUGUGGGAAAAGUUUCAGUUUGAAUUUUGGACUGGUGAGACACCAGAGGACUUACACAGGAGAGAAACCAUAUGAGUGUCUGGAUUGUGGGAACAGUUUCAGUCGGAAUUGCCUGCUGGUGUCACACCAGAGGACUCACACAGGAGAGAAACCGUAUGAGUGUCUGGAUUGUGUGAAAAGUUUCCGUUGGAAGUCCCAACUGGUGAUAGAUCAGAGGACUCAUACAGGGUACAAUCCUUAUGAGUGUCCAGAUUGUGGGAAAAGUUUCAGUCAGAAUUUUCACCUGGUGUCGCACCAGAGGACUCACACAGGAGAGAAGCCGUAUGAAUGUCCGGAUUGUGGGGAAGAUUUCAGACUCACGUCUAGCCUUAUGAAUCAUGUAGUUUUACACAUAGGAGAGAAACCCUUCAAGUGCCCAGCCUGUGGAGAGUGCUUCACAAGAAAGUUCUCCCUUUGCAGACACAAGAAAAUCCACAAGGGGCAGAAGGUGAUGAGUGUAGAGAAGGGUUGAAUUUCUCUUCUCAUCUCCCAUUGGACAUCCAGCUGAAAAGUUAAGUAUUUAAUUUCUGGCUGAUACUUUUAGGUCAAGCAUGUCUCAGUAUGAGAGAUGAGGGAGGAGAGAAGAAAAUGGAAAGUGUUAGUUUGAGAAAGGCCAACUACACGUGUCUGGCUAUCAGGAGAACGUCCCAGUAAGCUGCUGCAGAUAUAUGAUACAUGU